AUGGCCAUCAAUUACGCCAAGAAUCAAGGCGCACAUUUCCGGAAUGAGAUCCGGCGCGUCGCCGUCAUCGGUGCUGGAGGCACCGUCGGCAAGCCCAUCGCCCAAGAGCUCCUCAAAACAGGCAAACACAAUGUAACCGCGCUGACUCGUGCCGGGAGCCAAAGUACCUUACCCGAGGGCAUCCGGACCGUGCCAGUUGACUACGACGAUGAGGCAAGCCUAUCGAGUGCCCUUGAGGGCCAGGAUGCCCUGAUAAUCACAUUACCCGUGACCGCAGCACCGGACACACAAUCCAAGCUUAUACAAGCCGCCGCUAAGGCCGGGGUUAAAUACGUGAUGCCGAAUGUCUGGGGUUGCGACAUCAUGAAUGACGGCCUAGUGAAUAGCGGACUAGGCUGGGAGAGGCUCCGUAGAGCUUUCGACGAAAUCGAGAAGACAGGUGUUUCGUCGUGGGUGUCCCUGAUUUGUGGGUUCUGGUAUGAGCAUAGUGUGAGCCUUGGGCCGCCUACUUUCGGGUUCAGUUUCGCGGAGAAGAAGAUGGUAUUGUUCGAUGAAGGGGAGACUAAGAUUAAUGUUAGUACUCCUACGCAGUGUGGGAGGGCUGUUGCGAGGUUGUUGAGUUUGAAGGUGUUUCCGGAGAAUGAAAACGAUCAGAGUGUGACACUGAGUCGUUGGUUGAAUAAACCCGUGUAUAUCUCCAGCUUUCGCAUCACCCAGAAAGAGAUGUUUGAGAGUUGGAAGCGGGUCACCGGAGAGAAAGAUGACAAUUGGACGGUUGCGUAUGAGUCCAGUCGUGAGAGAUAUGAAAAGGGACUCGAGCGGAUGAAGAAUGGAGAACACGGUGGUUUUCUUCAAGCAAUGUACUCGCGUGUCUUGUUUCCAAAUGGAGAUGGGGACUAUGAGAGCAAGCAUGCUUUGGCUAAUGAGCCGCUUGGUCUUCCCCGGGAGGACCUUGACGAGCACACCAGGAAUACGAAGGCUAUGGUUGAUCGGGGGUAUGAUUAUAUGACGAAGCGUGACUGA